UUAUAACCUUUGAAAGUGAUGGACAAAUUUCGUUUAAUCGCUGAAGUACACAAAAGACCCAUAUUGUGGAAUUUGCAGCUUACAGAGAGGCCGCUACAUGAAAUAGCUGAUAACUGGAAAGAGAUUGCGAAAAGUCUUGGUGAUGAUGUUACUGCGGACGAUUGCAAAGGUAUAUGGAAAGGUUUACGUGAUGCUUAUCGUGUAAUUAAAUAUCGCAAACGAAGUCGUAUGAAGAGAGAUAAGCGAUGCGGUAAAUACGAUCCUAACAAAGAUUACAGCAGUAAGUGGGUGUAUUCUGAACCCAUGAAAUUUUUAGAUGGAUAUUCAAAGUGUUCAAGGGAUAGCGAUUCCGAUCAGGGUACAAAAUUGGUAACGGUGGAAAAUAACAAACAUGUUAUUAUUGAAAAUCAGAGAGAACUAAGUAAAGAUUGUAUGAAUUUGAAUUCUCCCCUAAAUGAUGAUAAUAUAUCAUCUCACAGUAGCCCUUCAAAAACUUUAUCCAAUGAAAAAGACCUGUUAGACGAUUCUGAUGAAGAUGAUUUAUUAAAGCGUCUGAAAUCCUGUGAACAAUAUACUCGAAGAGAUGAAAAUAAAGUCUCAUAUAUUAGACAAAAUCGAAAAGAAAUUAAACGUAAAUCACCUAGAUGCCAAAGUCGUUUAAACAAAAGUUCAACGCCCCAGCAAAAGUCUAGUAAUACAACAAAUGAAAAUUCUCUAAACCAGAAUUGCCUAAAUGAAAGUGAUUUUAUACCAUCGUACAGUAAAAAACCGCAAAGUUCUUACUAUCAAAUAAAUUUUAUUGAAGAGACUGAUGAGGAGGAAACAAUAAUGAGAUCACAACAUAACCAAUAUCCUACAGCUGACAUAAAAGAAGAACCACCACUUGAUAUCGAGACGGUUUCGCAUUCCUUGGUCGAGGAAGAAGAGAAAAGGCAAGACAAUGAAGUUCAAACGCCUAAACCUCAAAGUCUGGAUAGAAGUUCAACACUUAAACAAAAUGAAGUUCAUUCAGUUAAACCUCAAAGUCUAGCUAAAAAUUCAAAGCGACAGCAAACGCGUAAUUUGCAUGGAAAUACUCAAAAAGAUGAAAAUCUACCAAUAACAUUGAAUGAAAAUAAUAAUAGGCAACAUUCCAGAACAACAGUUCAACAAGAUGUUGGCGAUCCAGAUUGUAAUUUUUUGAUCAGCUUUUUGUCUCACAUGAAAUCAUUAACCGCUCUACAAAAUCUACAGUUUCGUGUUCAAAUGUCUGAUUUAAUAUUAAGUUUUCUAACGAAUUCUUCUUCUGCUAAUGAAUCUAAAGCAUCAGAUGGUAAUACAAAGAUAUCAGCGUUAGAUAUAAGCGAUCCAGAUUGUAAUUUCUUAAUGAGUUUUUGGCCCUAUAUGAAAUUGUUGACUCAUUUGCAGAAUUUACAAUAUCGUGCCAAGAUGUCCCAUUUAAUGAUUGAUAUUUAUUCUAAAAAUGAAAUCUCAAAUGAUAUUUAAAUGUAGUAUAUAUUUUUAACAAAUUACUACUUUGUAGUUAGUAACUAGUUUUAAUUUUUCCAUUAAUUUAUAAUAGCUAUA